CGUUUGUCUAACAGCGCCUCAUGACCGGCAUUUCAGUCCUUCGUCCUGCUGCGUACGGUAAGGUGACGCCUGUGUGAAGAGCUUCGAUCGACUGCAAAGGUGAUGUGUUCGGGACCCCCACGGUUAUUGCUGCGUGUGACGUUUCGCUACCUGAAGCGAAUAGAAGCACAAGCCUACCUACAUGUAGCCACAACUGAACACAUUGCCAGGCUAUAACAAGCUAGUGCAGGCAAUAUUGGCCAUGUCGGCGACACGCGUUCAAGUGGGCAUUAUCGGGUGCGGCGAAGUAGCUCAAACGGUGCAUAUACCCAACUUGAACCAUAUGAACGAUUACUUCAGAAUCACCUGGCUAUGCGAUACGUCCGGGGAAGCGCUCGAGCAUUGCCAGCGUAAAGUAGCUGGAAGUCCACCUCCACGCACGACUAAGGACGCUUUUGAGCUAUGCGAGGCCUCCGACGUAGAUGUCGUCUUCGUCUUGAGCCUCAAUGAGUUCCAUGCUCCGCAUACCGUACUGGCCUUGGAUAACGGUAAAACAGCCUUCGUGGAGAAGCCUAUGGCAUUGUGUAACCGCGACGUCCAGCUCAUCUUGGAGGCUGAGCGCAAGUCGAAAGGCACUGUUAUGGUCGGCUACAUGCGCCGCUAUGCUGCCGUAUUCGAGGAUGCACUUAAGGAACUUGAUAGUAUGGAGAAGGUCACGUAUGCAAGGGUCAGGGACAUCAUCUCCAGGAACGCCUACUUCGUCGAUCAAUCGGGAACCUUUCCGAAACGCUUCACCGACUAUACGCCCGAGGACAGUCAAGAACUGAAAUCCCGCACGGCAGAUCUGAACCAGCAGGGUCUCGAGCACGACCUUGGGAUAACGGUAACAGAAGAAGCCUCGAAGAUGUGGUUCCUACUAGGUGGGCUAGGCUCGCACGAUCUUAGCCUUAUGCGAGAAGCACUAGGAAUGCCGCAGAGUGUGCUGGGCUGCUCACUGAAUGCCAACGUACCCUUUUGGACUGUCCUUUUCCAAUACCCAGGCUUCGUAUGCAGUUACGAGAGCGGCAUCGACGAGAUUCCUCGCUUCGACGCGCAUCUGGAAGUAUAUAGCCCGACGAAGCAAGUGACAGUGCAGUACGAUACACCUUACGUCAAAGGUCUUCCAGUGACCAUGACCGUGCGGGAGAAUGUGGAGGGUGUCUACAACGAGCGAUUCGUGCGCAAGACAUACGAAGAUCCGUACACUCUUGAGAUGAAGCAACUGCAUCAACUAGUAACGGAAGGCAAAGCGGUCAAGACCACCGCCGAAGAUGCUGCGAACGAUCUGAGAAUCUUCCAAAUGAUCAUGGAGGCAGGUCGAGAUCAGUUCGUCAGGCGUUGAAUUGUCGGAGCUCUUGAACGGGCGAAGAGUCGUGCUCGACCGCUACUGGCACGUCAAGCUUGUAAUAAAACCACAAGCAAACACCAUGGGACCUCCGCGUUUGAGAGCCCGCAUACUGCUUGCACCAUGAUGCGGCAUGUGAUGGUAGGGCUACGCGUAGCGAGAAGAACACUCCAAGGCAUAUAAUGCACGCUGUAGAGCUUAAUAGAGUGUAUACCCCACGUU